GUCAGGGUUUCCUUUGAUUGUGUGCUAAAGUCAUAUCCUCACAGCGAAAGAAGCCGUCCGCAUAUCAGAAAAUGGCUGAAAUGAGCUUUUGCAGCAGUUACAAUGGGCUGCACUACUGGCUGAUACCUGCAGUGGCGUUUUCUUUCUUCUCUGCCUUCUCAAGAAUGAGAAAGAAUUCCCUUGGCCGCAGAGCUCCUCACAAUCAAACAUUCAGCCUUCCACUGCCUCUCCAGCUCCACUGCACCCACGGCGAUCGAUGGAGCUUUGCCGUGGCCUUCGGGGCCCUCUUUAGCGUGUUCUUGGAGAGGAUGAUUGGCCCCGAGGUGGUCCCCUGCCUUUAUUACAAGCAUUCCCUGUGGAUCGUCGGUUUCAUACAAGUUCUCUCUGCCCUGGAAGUGUCACUGGUGCACUACCCCAUCUUCGUCUGCCUCACUCAUGAGAACGUAACCCUUGGAAACCUGCUUGGCUUUGUCUACACCCUGGCCUGGUUUGUCUACCAGGCGGUGAUGACUGCUUCUGGCCCUGAGCAGACGAUGUUUCCCUCAAGGACAUAUCAAGACAUUUUGGAGUUCAGAAGCAGGUGGUACCACGUCCUCCCGUCUCUGCUGUGCACUGCCUUACUUGUCCUGCGCUUCCUCCUCGUCUUCUUCAAACCAUCGCUCCUCGGGCGCAGCACACAGCCCCAGUACGAGGAUGUGCCCCUGGCUCAGGCACACAAUAUUGCCUAUAUGAAACGCCUGCUGCAAACCAGAACUCCAGAACCUCUUGGGCAGAAGAACUGGUUUCAGCGACGUCUCUGCACCUGGGACGCUUGUUUCCACUUCCCAGCCAGAAUGCUCAUUAUGGUGGCGAUGGCCCUGAUCGGGGUCUACAGGAUUGCAUUCAUGAGAAGAAUUCUCUAUCUGAUAGCUUCUAUUCCUGCUCUAGAGGUCCUUCAAUGGGUAGAUGGGAUAAUCCUCACUAUCACUAUCUUGGCAACCAUCAAUCACAUCUGUCAAAUUAUGGUGCAGUACAGAGUCCAGAUGAGGAGAAUGUACAAAGGAGACUGGAAAGACCUGACUCGAAAACUCCCAGCCACAGAUGUUUCUGUGACAAGGAGCAUGACCUACAUUGGUUUGCAAGUGACCUUCCUCUGUUUGGGCAUGGUGACCAUGUACACACUUGUCUGUGUUAUUGGUGGCUUUAUCAUUGGUAUUGUCAUUGCUUCUGUAAUGCUGCAAAACUUGGAAUUGAUUGCAAGUCACUUAGUGGUGCUUCUCCUGAGCCUCAUCAUGGUCUUCCUCUUGAGGAGGCUUGCAGUGCGUCAUUUCUUCCUCCAGGACAAACCGGCCGCUGAGAGACCCCUCGCCUUAAAUAACAUCCGGGCCCUGGAGAAUGCUUCUUACUUCACCAUGUUCUUCUUCAUGAUUAAGGCUGUGUAUGAGUUUAUCACCCAGUUGCUGAUCAAAAUCAUCCUGGGCUGUCUGAACCUGGCUCGGAUUGACUGGUCCACCAACCCAUCCAAACCGAUGGGCUCGCUGGACACUGGGUAUUUGACCUGGGUAUCGAUGCUGUUGGUGGAUUCCGCUCACACCAACCCAACCGCUCUGACCUUCUGUCACCUCCUGCUGCAGUCCAGCCGCCGGGCUGACCCUGACGUCAGCACCACACUGCACACAACUGCCAGAGCAGUGCCUGGAGCCAGACGCAGGUGGUGGCUGGCCUACACCCUGCUCAGAAACCCAGGCCUGGUGGUCCUCCGCAGGCCAGAGAUCGACCUGCCCGUCAAACCCACUGCCCCGCCCGCCACCAUGAUGCAGCUGGAGCCCUGAGUAACCUCCUGCACCCUACUCCUGCAUGCCUUGGAAAUGUUUAGAUCUUCUAGCCCCUUCUUGACCAUUUUGGUGUUUCUGCUUUGGGUGGCAUAUUCCCUUCUCCCUACAUCAUGUUAGCCCAACCUCAUGCUUUCAUGAUAGUGAUGAGUGCCUGGACUUUGUGUAGGAACAGGCAGCUCACAAUAUUCUUGUUCAGCGCCCCACUCCUGUCAGCAGCUUUGUGUGUGAGCACCCCAUUUCAGCUGUUUUACAAUUUCAAGGAGCUAGGCCUGGCUUGUGUAUGUGUCUGUGUGUCUUUGUGUGUGUUUGUCCAGGGUCCAGGCUUGCAGUGUCUCCCAGGAUUUUGUAGUUUCCAAUCAGCAGCCAUUUUAGGACUGGUAAAUGAGUAAAUGAGUGCAUGAGGCAAUGGCAGUUUCAGUAUAAUUUCUGCCUGCAAGAUAUCGGUCUGACAGUCUCUCAAGUUGAAUACCAAGACAUGGUAUUCAAUCUGCUGUUCCAAGCCACCUGCACUGCUGUUUUCAUAAGAAAUAAAUACUUCGAUCGACCAGUAGAUAUAUUUAACAGUGCCAGCAAUGCCCUGCUCUGUCUCUGUCUUGUAACAUGUGCAUGGAUGGUUCUGAUUGAGGAAGUUUGUAGAGUUAAAACAAGCAUACACAUUGUCUCUGCUUCUGUUUUUUUCCUUCAUUGUCAUGCUUCUGCUUUUAACUGUAUUUUUUAAUAUUUUUAAUAAAGUUUUUUGGACAAAA